UGGUUUAGAAGCAGGGCUCUGGGCGCAUGGAAGGGGAGGUUUAAUACAAACUUUGUUCAUGAAGAAAGCAAUUUCAAAUGUGUUCAAAGGAUCCAUGUUCAUUUUAGGUUAGGUUUUAGUUGAAGUGUGUAUUUACAGGUCAAUAUUCAGUCAAUUAAACUCCAGAUCAACCGUGCGUAAAAUUUGGCAACGGUUUUUUGGAUAAUGUUUCAGUACUGCUUUUUUGUGCUUGUGGGCGCGGUGGUCGUGAGUGCUCAAUUCCCCAGAGAGUGCGUGACACCCGAAGGACUCAGGAGUGGACAGUGCUGUCCGUCCCCAUCUGGACUCAACGACGACCCGUGUGGCUCCAGCACAGGGCGCGGAGAGUGUGUGUCCAUUGCGGUGGACUCACGCCAGCACGGCCCUCAGUACCCGCACGACGGGCGGGAUGAUCGGGAACGAUGGCCCGUCCGUUUCUUCAACCGUACUUGUCAGUGUAAUGGAAAUUUCAGCGGUUUUAACUGUGGUCGCUGCAGACACGGAUGGACUGGAGCCAACUGUGACCAGAGGAUUAAUGUUGUAAGGAGAAACGUGAUGCAGCUCAGCGCUGACGAGAAGCGUGCGUUCGUUAACGCGCUGGACCAGGCCAAGCGCACGGUGCACCCGGACCUCGUGAUCGCGACGCGGCGCUAUGCGGAGAUCUUCGGUCCCGACGGGAACACCGUGCAGUUCGAGAACAUCACCAUCUACAACUACUUUGUGUGGACCCACUACUUCUCUGUCAGCAAGACGUUCCUAGGUGCGGGGCAGGCCAGUUUCGGGGGAGUGGACUUCUCACAUGAGGGGCCCGGAUUUGUCACUUGGCACAGGUACCACCUGUUGCAGCUGGAGCGAGACAUGCAGGAUAUGCUGCAGGACCCGUCCUUCGCCCUGCCCUACUGGAACUUUGCCAUCGGUGGAAGCACAUGUGACAUCUGCACAGAUGACCUGAUGGGAGCCAGGAGCAGCUUUGACAUGAAUUCCCUGAGCGCCAACUCUAUCUUCUCCCAGUGGAGGGUCAUCUGUGAGAGCGUAGAGGACUAUGACACACUUGGAACCAUCUGCAACAACACGGAGACUUCUCCAAUCAGAAGGAACCCAGCAGGAAAUGUCAACAGGCCGAUGGUCCAGCGUCUCCCAGAACCCCAGGAUGUGGCUGACUGCCUGCAGGUUAAUGCGUUUGACACAGCACCCUACUACUCCACCUCCAGUGAAAGCUUCAGAAACACAAUUGAAGGCUACAGCGCCCCCAAGGGGAACUAUGACCCUGUGGUGAGGAGCCUCCACAACCUGGCCCAUCUGUUCCUGAAUGGCACAGGAGGACAGACUCACCUCUCACCCAAUGACCCCAUCUUCGUCCUGCUCCACACUUACACCGAUGCUAUUUUUGAUGAAUGGUUGAGGAGACACGGUCCAGAUGCGGCUGUCUAUCCUGAAGAAAAUGCCCCCAUUGGACACAACAGGGGUUACAACAUGGUGCCUUUCUGGCCUCCAGUGACUAACGCCGAGAUGUUUUUGACUGCUCCUGAAAAUCUCGGUUACUCUUAUGAAGCUGAAUGGCCAGGGCAACCUUUCACCCUGACUGAAAUCAUCACCAUGACAAUAGUCGCUGCCCUUGUGCUCGUCGCAGUCAUUUUCGCCGCCACCACAUGCGCCGUGCGUGCCAGAUCUUACAAGAUGGAGGGCCACCAGCCUCUGCUCGGGGAACAGUAUCAGCGCUAUGGCGAGGAGAAAAGCCAAUCUGUAGUCUAAGCUUUCCCCUUCUUGUCUCUUCCCUUCACUUUUACUGUGAUGCAAAUAUCCUGUUUGUUAAAGUCCGAAUCUGUUCACUGGAGAGCAUGUGUAGAUUCUCGAGUGGUACAACGUGAUAGGAAGUACUCUGUUACCCCGUUAUCAGCCGUUGUGGAGUACAAAAGUUAACAAUUCUAUUUACCCGAUGAACAAAGCUCUCACUGAACAUGCAUUUUCUCAUGGAAAGGUUGUACGCCGUGGUUUUUAAGAGAAUGUCUUUCGAAGACUGCAAAGAUCUGACCUUUUUUAGAUUUUAGCUAAAUUUGAAAAUGGAAAAUAAAUGUACAUGUUCAAAUCAACUGAAAUGAUGUGAUGUGAAACUGUGACGGCAACGCCACCAAGUGGUGCUGAUUCUCAUCAUUAUCAGCGCUGAUGCCUUCUGUUGUUUAGUGUUUGAGGUUUCACUCAGGUGAAAAGAAAGAGGAUUCUGAAAAGAAAUGAAUUGACCUCAUUGACAUUUAAAAUAAUAAGAGUGACAGGAUCAUUAAAACAUAACCUUACAGAGCUGCAACUUCCACAAUGUUUAUCUGACUUUUUAGUUUAGUUUGUACAAUGGCGAUAACGCCCACAAGGGGGUGCAAUAAUUCAAUUUCUGAAGCUGUCCUUGUCAGGAGAGUCAUGCUUUGGGGGGUUUUUUGUUUUGUUUUUGUUUUUCUAAUAAUGUAGAAGAUAAAUUGAUCUAAGUGACCUUAAAUGUUAUUAAUGAACGAAGAGAUGAUGAUUCAGAGGAAAUGUAGCAAAAUGCAGAGUCAACGGGGUUGAGACCUCACUGACCUGUGUACUCACACCAUAUCCCAGCUUCUUUUUAUUUCUCUUGUUUGUUGUGAAAUGCUGAUGAAUGCUGUUCUGUUUAUACAUUUAUACUUUUGCCAAAAAUGUCUUGGGGGGAGGGGGGCAUGCCAAAUUAUUUAAAUGAUUACAUUUUACACGCUUUCCACGGUGGUUUGUUGGACUUUAAACUGUGUGCUGAUGAUCGUGUAAUUAAAACAUGAAUAAACACAAAAAGACACAUGUACGUACACAACAUAUUUCAUACAUUCUCUCAUCAUUCAUGUGUGUAGGGUUAUAACACAUCUUUUUGAGUUUUUUUGAACUUGUGUCUU